CAGUCUCAACUAGAGCGGAAUUUGACGCUCUGUGGAAUCCCAUCGAAUGAUGUACGAUGUUGAUGUUCGUUGCCCUGAAUCAUCAACGCACUUUAGCAGGGGGCAGCUAUGGCGCGGACAGGAUUUAAUUUUCCCAGUGAAAAGGGAUUACACGAACAGACAUCGCUAAAUCGUUGACUUUCAAGUGAGCAGUGUUGAUAUAUAUCCUCCAAACAAAUUGAUGGGAAACGACGCCACAAAAAACAAGAAGAAAGAGGUUCCCAAGCAGGAGAGGCGGCGCUGGAGAGCCUGGCAUGGACUCGUCUCCAACAUGGGGAUCUUCAUCGGCCCUUCAGGUCUGGUGACACAACGUAUGGUGCUGGGUACCAGACCACCAGACCAUCUACUCGCCCCAGAGCGCUGCCUUGAGAAGCCCGGCUUAGAGGGGCCCCUGCCUGGCUUCAUUUCCAUCUUCCUGCCUGAGUUUCCACAUCGUAAAUUCCCUGGACAAGACCAUUUUCAGAUCCUGGGGUUCAUAGCCAAAGGAUCCUUUGGCCCUAUCCUGAAGGUAAAGGACAAGGCCGAGGAGAAGACCUACGCCGUCAAGGUCCUGCCUAAGUCUGAGAUCUUGAGGCAUGGGGUACUGGAACAGUCAAAAGAGGAGGUCAUAAUCCAGCGGCAGGUCAGCCACCCAUUCCUCCACAGUCUGCAGGACUGCUGGCAGACCCAACGCCACCUCUUCAUUAAGUGUGACUACUGCAGCACUGGAGACCUGUACACCUACUGGCAGCUGAAGGGACAGUUCGGAGAGGACGAGGCUCGGGUGUUUGCAGCGGAGCUGGCCUGUGCUUUAGGUUGCCUAUAUGACUUUGGGAUCGUCCAUAGGGAUGUGAAGAUGGAGAAUGUCCUUCUGACAGACCAAGGGCAUCUUCGCUUGGCUGACUUUGGACUCUCUCGUCGUCUUCAGCGCGGUGGAAGAGCGUUCACUAUCUGUGGAACAAUCCAGUACAUGGCUCCUGAGGUCCUGAGUGGAGGUCCAUACAACCAUGCAGCCGAUUGGUGGUCACUUGGAAUCAUGUUGUUCUCAUUGGUUACUGGAAAGUUCCCAGUGCUUCCAGAACCAGACCACUGCAAAAUGCUGAAGAAAGUCAGAGGAUUCCCCUACUCCAUGCCCAGUACCUUCAGCCCCUCACUGGCCUUGCUGCUCACUGAGCUCCUGUGCAAGAACCCAGCUUGUCGCCUGCAUAGCCUCGAGCGUUUGAAGAAGCAGACGUUCUUCCGAGGCACUUCCUUCGACUCCCAGACGCUUCAGAAGAGGCCUGUUGAACUCAUCCUCGAACUCAAAAACCACCCUGACCGGCCAGCUAAGGCCAUGCGGGGCCUGUCCGUGGCCUACCUCCAGAACUUUGACUGUGACAUUCUCAGCUCGCCCAGCGCCCCCACUGAGCUCUCCCCAACCCUGGUCAACAUUGUUGAACACAUAAAAUAAUUUCACUUCUGUGCCUGGAAAUGAAACACUAACUGACUGUAAAUACAUAAUUUGGAAAUUUUACCACAUUUUGUAGAAAUGUUUUUUUUGUUACUGUCAGUGUUUUCUGUAUGUAGGGUUCCUUUGUGGUGAGCUCCUCCUCUAAUCUAUCCAUCUGCAAAAAGAGAUUAGUUUGAAAUGGAAAGUUACUGUAUCUCCAUAAAGGAUCUUUCGUAUGAGAAAUGUAAAGGAUUUUUAAGCAUUAAGCUUAGUGUUCUCUGUGGAAUCUCUUACAUAAGCUACUUCAUACUGUAAGUUCCACGUUUUGUUGUUGUUGAAGGGAGCACUUGUUGUAGUUUCAGUAUGGAGACUCAUGUCAGUUGUCUGACUACAAAGCAGAAAAUUGCACAAAUUCAUUUUUGUCAAAUGAGAAAUCCGGUAUUUGAAAAAUAGUUUUUUUUUGCAUAUAUGCUCACACAAAAUCUGUCUGUACUCUAUAUACCUGGAUACAUAUAUAGGAUAGCCAUCUUUCAGUCUUGAUGUGACCUAUUUGGGAGAAUACUGACAAACCCAUGGGGAACAACCUUAAUAGGAAUGAAAAUUGAAGACCAGAUAAAGCAGCCAUCAUUAAAUGUUUUUAAUGAGGAGAAAAAAGAAUUACUGCCCCAACGGAGACAGCUAAAUAUAUUCGCUGGGCUCGCUCGGUGUACGACAGUAUCUCCUGAAUGGGAGUGUGUACACUCCUCCCUCCACUAGCUGACAUUGAAUUCCACUUCAGGCCCUUGUCUUAGACAGGUCCACUCAGGCUACUGCAGCACCGGUACCAGUCCAAUGACCUACAUCCUUCUUCUGGUGAGGCGCUAGCUACAAAAGGCACACUGACCCACAAUGAUGAAGGAAUCCCCCUGUACAGCACAAGAAUAUGUCUACUGAGCUGUAAUCACAGAGAAUGUGACAGAAAGGAUUCCAGUCCUGCCGAAAAUAGAGUUAUGAUCCCACUGUGCAAUAUUUGCUGCCAAAAUUGAGCCAGCUGUCUCAUUGACAGAGAUGUCUCUGAUUUGUUUAUGUUCAAGUAAGGAAGUUACAAUUGUAUUUUCUUGCAUGAAUGGAAUUAUAUGUAUAUUCAUAUAAAUAAGAAUUGUAUGAUACCUCAUUACCGCAGUUGAAACUACCUGUACUAAAGGACUGCUUGUAUUUCCUGUGGACGACAUAAAGGUCAACUUUACAUUAAAUGCAGGGAUAAUUUUCA